AUGUUUGCCGACGAUGUUAAGCUGUGGAGACCCAUCAGAUUUGACGAAGACAGGUACGCGUUUCAAGACAGUCUCAACCGCCUGAACAUUUGGUCAGCUCGUUGGCUCCUUAAUUUUAAUGUGGACAAAUGUGUGGUCCUGAGACUCCGCACCAGACGGACCAGUAAGGAGGACGAUUCCUUUCAAUACGUCCUUGGUGGUCAGCCCCUUUCAAAUGUUGUGGAACGGAAAGACCUCGGCGUCAUAAUGACCUCCUCACUGAAACCAUCAUCACAGUCUCAAAGGGCUGGCAAAUGUGGGAUAAGGUUGUUAUUUGCCCUGAGGCGAGGAUUUGUGCAGAUCGAUGUGGAGCUCUUCGGAGAAGCCUACGGAACAUUCGUUCGGUCUCACUUAGAGUAUGCCGUCCAGGCCUGGACACUGUGAUCCGAGGAGAUUUUUCAACAGAUGGAAAGGGUACGGACGACGACUACGAAGAUGAUCAAGAAGCUUAAUCAUCUGCCUUACGAAAACAGGCUGACCGAACUAAAUCUGUUUCCUAUAAAUUGCAGGCAACUGCGCGGCGAUCUCAUUCAAGCCUACAGGAUUGUCAGAGGCCGUGAGUGUGCUCUAGACUUUGAGAAAUUCUUCGAAUUGGCCGGGACUGACCGUCUGCCUGGUCACCCCUUCAAACUGAAGAGGAAGCUGACUUAUUCGGACGUCCGACGGAACGCCUUAUUUUACAGGGUCAUUGGCGCAUGGAGCGGACUACCUGAUGCCUUGGUUCUUUCCGAAAGUGUCAAGUCUCAUAAGUGCAGACUAGAUGCUCAUUGCUGAGAAACACCUGUACAUAUAAUAAUGAUUGUUUUAACGGCGGCAGUUUGCGCCUGGCUCAUACUUACCGCUAACUUUUUAACUUUCCGCAUUUGCUACUAUAAUUGAUGACUCUAUUUCUGUUUAUCGAUAUGCAUAGGGAGCUCAAGAGCGAAAGCCUCAUUCCCUUUAUAACGUGACUUAAUCUGACUUACACUGACACAUGUAGGCCGGUCCUACCCGCAUUUUUAUCUUUUCGUGAGCGACAUUUUUUUCUUUACGGUUUAUCUAAUUAUUUUUCAUUCUAUAAUGGAGUCUUUUUCAGUGUUUGCUCACCAUUUCUCUUGGCGAACUACUUAUCCAGUAACUAUGUAUUGCAGAUUGUACAGAUUCUGCCUACCUCUUCUGCAAUCCACAUGACUACAACGGGUCUUAUAUAACAUUAUUCUUUGUUAUUUUAUUUUUUUGGGUGCGGAACCCAUCGAUUUAAUCUAUCGUAUUGAUGGAGUUCGUAGUCUUUGAUCGUCCUGUCCGGUCUCACAACGGACAGUUUCUUCACCCUACAGCGAGCAAUGGUUCGUCAAUGUCCCUCUCUGGUCCAGUCCCACUUUCAUAUGAAGAAAUUGAGGCUGAAAAUAUCCGAAGCAGUGGUACCGAUCCCUUUCUGGACUACGUCAUAUACAGCUAUUAUUAUAUUAGGGUGACACUUUGGGAUUUGCGUACAUAACGUCCAGAUCGAUGCGUCCAUUAAUGCGUUAAUCACCAGAGCGAAUGGGGUUUAGAAACUCUCGGCCUUUCUUAUAUGAGCAGGAACCGACAAUGCGUGUUUUGUCCCAAGCAUAUUGUGGUCUAACCGAGAAAUCGGUCCACAUGUAACGUCCCCUGAUCUGUGCAGGGUUGUUUGAAUGCCAUGAAACUUUUGGCGCGCUGACCUAGGAUGGAGACGGCGCAGCCACACGUUGGUGAAGAUGGCCGGUGUCCCUUCCACUCUCUCCCGACGAUCCCUCCUCCCGCUCCGUAUCGUGACGUAACGUUCGUACCGCUUCCCUCACUACAUCGGUAACCCCCUCGGCCCUUCCCUGCAGUUGCCCCCAGCGCUGCGCUCCCCACCGGUUUUCCAGUUGGAAUGUUGGCCUCGCCUCUCCACCCAGACAGGUCACUCGACUGUUGUAACUCAUCCCGUUUGUACUUUUAACUGUCAUUAUAAUCUUUUCAAUUCCCUUUUCUGUUCAUUAUAUCUUCCCGUCCACUGAUUACUUCUUCUUCCUUUAUGUAUGGAUGAGUAUCGUGAACUGCUAACAAUCGUAUUCAGAUCAACACAAGCCGGGAUCUCUUCCUCGGUAUUCCGUUACGUGGUUGUGUGCUACCCUUGACGUCCUCGGCCGCUACAUUGGUGGCAGCUACUUCGCCCACGAACCCUUUCGUUGAUCCACCCUUUCCAUACCCUCCCCCAGUGGCUCCUCCCACCGACCGUCUAUACACAUCAGCGCCUAGCCCCCUGUUAGCCCCAGACGCCUACGAACCCGGACACAACAUUCGUGAUUGGCUGCGUGACUUAGAUCUUUUCUUGACCGAUGUCCCACCCCACCAACAUACUUGCUUCUUACAACGUUUCUUUUCCCCAUCCGCCAGGCGACGCGCCUUCGAUAGAUAGAUAGAUAGAAAAUAAAUCUACAUGCGAGUUUUAGACGAGGUAGGCCGAAUCUUUACAAAAUGCAAUUCAUAGUUUCUGAAUUAUUAGUCCAUUGAGAAACAUGAUAAUUGAGGGGUGAAAAAAAACUCCUUAAAAAAAGUUAAAAAGGUUGGAUGCUGGCCUUACACCAGCUACUCCCUUCCCCGUCGCCUGCCGUUGCGUCGUGCAGCUGUUCGACACCCCUGACGCGCCUGGCAUCGCGGCAGAGCAAUUUGCCAAGUUACGCCAGGCCUCCCGGCAAUCUGUUGACGACUUUGCAACGGAACUCACCCGACUUGCCUCCGCGGCUUUCCCCAACUAACCACACCCCGAUCGGGACGACCUUAUCCUCCACCGUUUCAUUUCAGGCCUCUUCGAUCGCACGGUCACCGACUCCUUUCUCCUCCGCCCCCCGCGCGCUUUGAACGACGCCUUGCGGCAGUGCCUUCUGUAUCUUACAUAUCACCGAACCCACCAACCCCCUCCGAGACCCCCUUUACCCCCAGCCCGACCGGAGCCCCAAGCCCCAGAUAUACGGAGCCCUUUGCCGGUCCGAUUCCCUGAUCACAACCCUGGCUGCCAGAACUGCGCGGCUUUCGGACCACGAGCAGGCCACUGCGGCCACAACCCACAUUGUGAGUCCACCCCCAUUGACGCUAUUUACUUUCACGAUUUUUUUUCUGUCCCUGCUUUUACUGUGCCGGUUCAUGUGGAUAGUCACCCCACUCGGGCGUUAGUAGACACGGGCGCAAAUGUGUCGCUUGUCACCAUUCACAAGCUUCCCAAUCACCUACUGCGUCACGUGGACCCACUUUCGGCUCCCCGCUCCCUCCGCGCCGCCAACGGCACGGCGAUCCCCGUAUCGGCCACUGUUUCGCUACAGCUUAUGAUCGAAAACGCGCGUAUCUCCCAUAGGUUUCUAGUUACCCCUGAUGGUCCCUGGCCUAUCGUUCUCGGUCUUGAUUUCCUAGAGGCUUACGAUUGCGUAGUUCAUGUUCGCGAACGACAACUCACACUCGGCCGAAACACCAGUGCACCCGCCCCUUCAGCCAUUAUAGACGACCUCGACAUCAUGUACAACUCAGUACUUUCCGCCGUAGCGGUAGAGCCCACCCCUUUAGAUACCGUUCUUCCCGCCCCCUCCCUUAUCGGUCCGGUCGCGCACGAGCAGCUUAAGACCCUCCUGAACUCCUUUCCAGACCUUUUUGCCUGGUCCACCGACACCAUCGGGCGCACCCACUUGAUUCAGCACACGAUCGACACGGGAGACGCCAAGCCCGUGUGGCAACCCCCGUGA